AUGCUCGACGCCAGGUCCUACCCGCUGCUGGUCGGUCUGCUUGUGCUGGUCUGCCUUGCCCAGCCAACCUAUGCCUUCGGAGCUGGUAACAUUGCCAGCAUCUCCAAGGUUGAGGGCCAGAACUGGCGCCACGGUGACAUCGAAGAUGCUCUCCUCACCCUCGCCAUGGCUCGCGCCAUGAACGGCAAGAAGUUCAGCAAAAUGAUGGUCUCCCGUGUCUACUUCGGCAACUGGCUGCGAGACUAUUCCCAGGCCAUCGACGUCGGCACUGUCAAGUCCGUCUCAGCCGAGGCCAUCCGCCUGCUCCUCUGCGUCCUGGGUUUCCUGACCUUCGGCUACGGUUCCAAGGAGUUCGAGGUCACGGCCGACCGCCUGGGCUGCUACCGUCCCGAGGACCACAUCGACAACCCCAAGAACUACGCCGACAACGAAGAUGCCCGCCGGUACGACAGUCGCCUGAGAGGUCCCGUCGACGAGAACGUCGAGCUCGGCAUUGAUCGCGAGACCGGCAUGAAGAACUACAUCGCCAACGAGCAGGCCGGCAUCAUGACUUCCGCCGCCCACGUCCGCAGCCUAUUCUCCCGCUGCAUCGAGCUCGCUCGAGGAUACUCCCGAAACAAGAACCAGGCCGACCUUUACGAGGCGAUGCGUCUCAUGGGUACCGGUCUGCACUGCUUGGAGGGUACGUCGGAGACCUGA